AAAAGCGGAAGGGGCGGGGCGAGCGGCGUCUUUCCCUCCCUGCAUAGGGGCGGUAGGGCUUGGGUGGCAGGAUGGUGUGGUCGCGGGUGUUGUAGUGUGUACUUUGCGUUUGUCCUCCGCCCGACCCGAGGCGGUAGAGCUGAUUGGUGGCGGGAGGCUGUGCACUUGGAGGCGCGGCAAGUGGCGCACAGGCCUCGGCGCACGUUGGCUGCACCAUGGUCCAGCUCACUACUGUCCUGUGCAAAGCCUAUCGUGGAGGCCAUUUAACCAUCCGUCUUGCCCUGAGUGGGUGUACCAACCGGCCUUUCUACCGCAUUGUGGCUGCUCACAACAAAUGUCCCAGGGAUGGCCGUUUCGUGGAGCAGCUGGGCUCCUAUGAUCCACUGCCCAACAGUCAUGGAGAGAAAAUCGUUGCUCUCAACCUAGAACGGAUUCGGCAUUGGAUUGGCUGUGGGGCCCACCUCUCUAAGCCUGUGGAGAAGCUUCUGGGUCUUUCUGGCUUUUUCCCUCUGCAUCCCAUGAUGAUCACAAAUGCCGAGAGGCUGCGAAGGAAACGGGCACGCGAAGUCCUCUUAGCAUCUCAGAAAACAGAUACAGAGGCUACAGAAGCAAAAACGAGCUGACUUCAAUGAGCAGAGCAUUGGGAGAAAGGUCAAAGUCCUCUUAAAACACUUAUGCAGAGCGCUUAGUCUUAUUAGAUUUGGAGGUCAAUAAAUGGAGUUUUCUGCGUCA